CUUUGUUAACAACAAAGAAAUUUAUUUCAAUGAAAAGUAAUCGUGGUGUUAGCUUCAUUUGAUUAUUUAUACACUUUUUCUAUUCAUUUUUAUUAAAAAAAAAAAUUCAUUAUUAAUGCGGUUGUAUUUAGUCUGGUUAUUACUGACGUCUUUUGCUAUUUAUGAGAUUUAUCAACUCCAAGUGGACCCUCAGGAGUUUGCUGUUUCUCAUAGCGAAAGGAUCGACGCUAAUCCUACUAUUUUUUUUAACUUUAUCACUCAGACGCAUAUGUUAGAAAAGCUCUUACCUUGGUUCAAUGGACUGAAAGAAGCUGAUUCGAAGAUCCUUGGAGUGAGGAAAUUUUAUAAAGCUUUCGACAAAAUUCUUAUAGGUGGAGAAAACAUUCAUUUGAUGAUUGUCGAAUUCAGAUCAGGGAAAUAUUUAGCUUUGGAAUCGCAAGACCAAUCAAUCAAACAGCGCAUCGAAAUUCGAACAAAGUGCUAUCACAAUCAAUCAAUUCUUACAGUCACAGUCUACUCUCAAAGAACUGCAUUUCUAUUUCACCAUACCAUUGGACGUAUUAUUCAGGACUUUAUCCGGAGGAACUUGGAAAAAUCAUUACUGCAUGUUAAUCAAGUUUAUAAAGCAAUCGAAAAUGAAUUGCAAAUUCUUCACAGUUAAUUACUAUUCAUCAGAAGUAAAGUCAAUAAAAAGUAUUCGAUGAUUUAAUGUGGAUAGUUUGUUAUCUGUUUCAAAGGUGAAAUAAAGAACAAAAGAUAUUGAUAAAAUGUUCACCAUAGUGACCCUUAUCAUCACAAAUUAAUAAAAGCUGGUGUGUCUGUAUGUAAAACCUCUAGUUUAAUCACCGUUAAAAGACUGGAAAAGUGUGGGAGUGAAAAGGAUAAAGUUCGUUGUUGUUGAUGACAUUGAUUGAUGUUACUAUUCAUUUUGUUGGGAAUGCUCGCCAAUUA